GCUAAUGUUAUGUAGCAGGUUAGUGGACGUCUGCCUGUUUUUUUUAUAUUUUAUUUUGCUUCUAAAUGGACAACGAAGCAGUUUUCCGAUAGGAAAUAAUAUAUUUAACCGUCACCCGACUGCUUUCUUCAUGAAUUCAGAGAUACUUUGACCGCAGGUAGUUUGCCGCAAAGGCCUGCUCAAUUAGCAAACUAGCUAGUGUUCUGGAGUUCCCGUCGCUGCUUAACGUCGUAGGGUAAUACACUUUGACAGUUUGUGUACAUGGUAAGGAUACUUUGUCCCAAAGGAGAGAUUCUACGAUUUAUUUCUGUGAUUUCCCCAAUCUGAUAUACCAAACAAGGACGGACUAUGACUCUUGCGCCAAAAGAACUAUCCAAUCUUCUGGGCAUCAUAUCAGAGGAUGCUUGCAGCAAUACUUUCGAAAGUCUCUCCACUGCUUUUCAUCACUUCUUUGGGAAAGCCGACCAUUUUCGCGUGGGCUCGGUUCUGGUAAUGUUACUUCAGCAACCGGACCUACUACCAAGUUCUCCUCAACGGUUAACUGCUUUGUACCUGCUAUGGGAGAUGUACCGCACAGAACCGCUAGCUGCCAAUCCUUUCGCUGCAGUGUUUGCUCAUUUAUUAAACCCGUCAUCAGCCGGAGAAGAGCAGGAGAAGCCGCUGUCUGGUUUCCUGCCCCCCAUCACACUGCCAGAGAAGUUCUUCUUAUCCCAGCUGAUGCUGGCCCCUCCACGUGAGCUCUUUAAGAAGACACCACGGCAGGUCUCCUGUAUGGACGUGGGCUCCACUCCACAGGCUGUGGACAUCAGUGGACUCCAGCUGGCUUUGGCAGAGCGGCAGUCAGAGCUACCGACUCAGAGCAAGGCCAGCUUUCCAAGCCUGCUCAGCGACCCCGACCCCGACUCCUCCAACUCUGGCUUUGACAGCUCCGUAGCCAAUCAGAUCAUAGAGUCUCUUGUUACUGGACCCCGUCCACCUCUAGAAAGUCACUUCCGACCGGAGUUUAUCCGUCCGGCGCCGCCACUGCUGGUGUGUGAAGACGAGCUGGCUUGGCUGAACCCCCUGGAGCCGGACCAUCGCGUGCAGUGGGACCGGUCCAUGUGCGUGCGGAAUGGCACGGGCGUGGAGAUCAAACGUAUCAUGGCCAAAGCAUUUAAGAGCCCUCUCUCUGCCCCACAGCAGACACAGUUGCUAGGUGAAUUGGAGAAGGACCCUAAACUGGUGUACCACAUCGGCUUAACUCCGGCCAAACUGCCUGACCUGGUGGAGAACAACCCCUUGGUCGCCAUAGAGAUGCUGCUGAAGCUUAUGUCAUCAAGCCAAAUCACAGAGUAUUUCUCAGUCCUGGUUAACAUGGACAUGUCCCUUCACUCUAUGGAGGUGGUUAAUCGGUUAACCACAGCUGUUGACCUGCCUCCUGAGUUUAUUCACUUAUAUAUCUCCAACUGCAUCUCCACCUGUGAACAGAUCAAAGACAAAUACAUGCAGAACCGGUUGGUGCGUUUGGUGUGUGUCUUCCUCCAGUCUCUGAUCAGGAAUAAGAUCAUUAAUGUGCAGGAUUUGUUCAUCGAGGUCCAGGCCUUCUGCAUCGAGUUCAGCCGCAUACGCGAAGCCGCCGGCCUCUUCCGUCUGCUCAAGACUCUCGACAACGGAGAGACGCCCGCCGAGGGAAAGCCCGCUAAAUAACGAGCGACCUCCCAGCUUACAGCACUUCGCCAGCCUCGCCGAAACGCGAGCGAGGCCGGGACAGGCGGCAGCCGUGGAAUCUGAGGGAGUUGUGGGCGGGUGUCAGACUGAAUCCUGUCAGGUCUCCUGACCAAUAAGCUGACUUUCAGUGAACUACAAUGUCCCCGUAACUCUGAAACACUGACACUGUCCUCGCUCCCUAGAGUCCCCAGUUACACUGUUUUCCUCUAAAUUCUCAAAAGAAAAAAAAAAAAGAGAGAGAGGUAUGUAAUGCCACCUGUAACUUAGGCCUAAACAGAAUGUACCUGUAUGAUGGCAUUGAUUUAAGCCUACAAGCUUUUGUUUGACUUUCUCAUACACGAGGCCUCUCUGACAGUGACUGACGUCUCACGCCACACUGGCUUAAAGACUGAUGAAAAAGAUCCAUUUCAGUUUCACAAUCCCUUUGUUGAACUUCGUUUCAAUGUGUUUUUAUUUCUGGUUGUACAUUUAGAAAAAUCACAACAUGUUUGUGUUUGUGUUUCAU